UCUUCUCUCUUAAGAGCUAAGCAAUAAUAAUAAACCCCUUCUCUCUUGAAUAAGCUCCUCUGUUCUGUUUUUUCUUUCUUUCUCAGAGAUCGGUUUGACACAAAAAUGGCAUCUUCUUCUUCCUCUUCUAGAUCCCAAUCUGGUUUUUAUCCUCUCUCUCCGUGUCCUUAUAUUGGUAACUUCGUUGAACGGAUUAAAGACGCAUGUCGUUUCCUCGUAUCCGCUGUUCUUGGCACAAUUCUCUCUGCGAUCUUGACCUUCUUCUUCGCUCUAGUGGGAACAUUGCUUGGAGCAGUCACAGGAGCUUUAAUAGGCCAAGAAACAGAGAGUGGUUUCAUCCGAGGAGCUGCGGUUGGAGCCAUCUCAGGAGCUGUUUUUUCGAUUGAAGUCUUUGAGUCAUCUCUUGUUCUCUGGAAAUCUAAUGAGUCACGUUUCGGUUGCCUCCUCUACUUGAUUGAUGUCAUUGUUAGUCUUAUAAGUGGUAGACUUGUACGGGAACGCAUAGGUCCAGCUAUGUUAAGCGCUGUUCAAAGUCAGAUGGGAGCUGUGGAUGCAACUUUCGAUGAGCUCUCGAGUAUCUUUGACACUGGUGGCUCAAAAGGAUUAACAAGAGAUAUGGUUGAUAAAAUACCCAAAAUCAAAAUCACUGGCAAAAGCAACGACUCUUGUUCUGUUUGUCUUCAGGAUUUUCAGAUUGGUGAGACGGUAAGAAGCUUGCCACAAUGUCAUCACAUGUUUCACUUGCCUUGCAUAGACAAUUGGCUACUCAGACACGGAUCAUGUCCUAUGUGUAGACGUGAUCUCUAA